UUGUUGUAAAAAAUUUCAAAGAGACUAAAAUAGCAAAAAAAAAAAAUUUCUACGAAACUAAAAAAAAAAAAUCAUUUGGUGAUUAAAUUAAUUGUAAAACCAUUUUUCUAAGCUGACUUUAGUAUGGAAGCCGAAGAGGGAAAAGAACUAGUCAUCAAGAUGGCCCAGAAGAACAAGGAGACGCAGACCAUGAAGGCGGGCCACAGCAACUGGUUCGCCCAGGUUGCAGCCUUUCCGGCUGUGGGCCCGCGCUACACCGGCAACCCCUUGGCGCCUAUCCAGGCAUUCGUGCCACGUCAGCCAUCGUCGUCGUGCACGUUCUACAUGAACCGCGAGCAGGAACUCUACCGCCGGGCCUGCCGCUUGAAGGGCAUCCGUCUGGGGUGCUUGCAGCUGCGCGACGACUAUUCGGUGGAGCCAUCAGAUGAAAAGCUGCCCAAGGGCUCCUACCGCUACACUCUAGAGGAGAUGAAGAGCCUCAAUCCCUAUCGUUUAGUGGAUAUUGAGGAUUAAACCUACACUGUCGCCAGAAACACACCACACAUCCACACUACGCACAGCCAGAGAUCACAUGUAUGCCUGCUCCACACACAGCACAGCAUAGCACACCACAGCACACCAUCCAAUGCGAUAUAGAAGAUGCAUCGUUUCCCUUUCGAUUAAAGCAAUAAAUAAUAAUUUGUUCAUGCUAAUAAUGACAGCCGCGUA